AUGCCAGGCACGCCAGCACUGAUUGCCACCAUGCCAGGCAAUCCAGUCGCACCAGGCAGUCCAUCCGACCCAGGCACUCCAGCUGCCCAAGGCACUCCAGUGAAAGGCACUCCAGCCGCCCCAGGCACUCCAGUGACAGGCACUCCAGCAGCCCAGGCACUUCAGCGACAGACACUCCAGCCGCUCCAGGCACUCCAUUCAGAACAAUGCCGAAGACAAUUGCAAGAAAACAUCAGUAGCCGUUUUGAUGAAAAGUGGAUGGUAGCUGUCUUACACGCGCACCUCUGCCUCAACCAUCUCACAGCGCACCUCCGCCUCAACCGCCUUCAAAAUGGCUCCAUGCCAGGCACGCCAGCACUGAUUGCCACCAUGCCAGGCAAUCCAGUCGCACCAGGCAGUCCAUCCGACCCAGGCACUCCAGCCGCCCCAGGCACUCCAGUGAAAGGCACUCCAGCCGCCCCAGGCACUCCAGUGACAGGCACUCCAGCUGCCCAGGCACUCCAGCGACAGGCACUCCAGCCGCUCCAGGCAUUCCACCAUGCCAGGCACGCCAGCACUGAUUGCCACCAUGCCAGGCAAUCCAGUCGCACCAGGCAGUCCAUCCGACCCAGGCACUCCAGCUGCCCCAGGCACUCCAGUGAAAGGCACUCCAGCCGCCCCAGGCACUCCAGUGACAGGCACUCCAGCCACCCAGGCACUCCAGCGACAGACACUCCAGCCGCUCCAGCCAUGCCAGCACUGAUUGCCACCACGCAAGGCACUCCAGUCGCACCAGGCAGUCCACCUGACCCAGGCACUCCAGUGAAAGGCACUCCAGCCGCCCCAGGCACUCCAGCCGCCAAGGCACUCCAGCGACAGGCACUCCAGCCGCCCCAGGCACUCCACCAUGCCAGGCACGCCAGCACUGAUUGCCACCAUGCCAGGCAAUCCAGUCGCACCAGGCAGUCCAUCCGACCCAGGCACAGUCCAGCUGCCCCAGGCACUCCAGUGAAAGGCACUCCAGCCGCCCCAGGCACUCCAGUGACAGGCACUCCAGCCGCCCAGGCACUCCAGCGACAGACACUCCAGCCGCUCCAGGCACUCCAAGAAACACCGAACCCCCAGCAAUUCCAUACGGUCCCUAAAGUCAACAAGGAACUGUGGCAGGCUUUCAAGACAGCUAGACCUGCUGAUCUAGCUAUGCAAGCAUGCCAGAAGUACAUGGCAUUGGCCAUGGUUCCAAUUAUUAAAACUCUGGACAUUUUUGUGAACAAUGGGGAUAAAGAUGAAGUGAAAUAG